CCUCCUCCUCUUCCUUCUUAAAAUUUCAGCUUUAAAUUAUUUAGUUUUUGCGAUUAACGUUAAUUCGUAAGUUUGUUUCGUAAUUACUUUUCAUUGUCCUUUGUGAUUUUAUGUUAGUAACUUAAUUACUUUUCAUUGUCCUUUGUGAUUUUAUGUUAGUAACUUAAUUACUUUUCAUUUUCAUUUGUGAUUUUAUGUUAGUAACUUAGUUACUUUUCAUUGUCAUUUGUGAUUUUUUGUUAGUAACUUAAUUACUUUUCAUUGUCAUUUGUGAUUUUAUGUUAGUAACUUAAUUACUUUUCAUUGUCCUUUGUGAUGUUAUGUUAGUAACUUGUAUUACUUUUCAUUGCAUAUGACAUUCCAAAGGUUCACGCUUGGGUUGCGGUGGAAUGGUUACACGGAAGAGACCGAAAAGGGUGUAAGUUACGUCAGUGGCAAUUUUUAUAAAAUGAAGGUCCGUACGAGACCGAUGCUUGAAGAACUCCAUCAAAUGUGCACUCAGAUUACCUGCAUGGAUGGCACUAGAAGAGUUGAUCGAAUGGUGUAUCGAUAUCCAAACAGACAUAACGGGUCGCUGUGGAAUGAGGAAUUCCUCCUUACCACUCAGGAGGACGUUGAUGCCAUGGUCCAAUUUUUGACCACCAAUAAAAUUAAGCAAGCGAAGAUGUUCGUUUACACCGAGGUCGUCGAAGGCAGUGUAGGUCAUUCUGGAGAUGGCCAAACAUCUGGUAUCCACGGUGGGAGUGUAUUAUACGAAGAUCAUCCCCAGCAGGAUUUCCAAGAGUCGAGCUGGAGGCAGGAGUAUCAUCAUGGAACUGGAGGAAGUCAUCAAUCCUUCCCUUCAUAUGAAGAAGAAGCUCAACAGGCAGAUUACAACCAACAAGCAGGCUACCAGUACCCACCCGAGUACAACUUCUAUAUAAGCGGUGUUAGUUACCACAACUACCAUUACGGAGCUAGUGAAGGUGAAGGUGCCUUUCAUGCUGAUAAUCAGAUGGAAGAAGAGGUCAAUCCAAGUCCAGUUAGUGACCCUGAGGUUGAAGAAGAGGAAGGAGAAGUUAGUGCAGACAGCGACGAUCUGCUGGAAGGUACUGAUGAUUCCAGUCCAGAUUCAGACGCAGAUGGUGAUGAGGUAGCUCACGACCGUGUACCUAGUCCAUACUACAAUCACAUUCAAAAUGAAGAUUGGUAUGUUGAUGCCAACAUGGACCCGCCAGAUGUGCCAGUAUGGGGUCCACUAACUGGCUUUACGAAGGGCCAACAAUUUGCAACGAAGAAUGAAGUCCGACACGCUAUUUCCACUGAAGCAAUGACUCGGAGUUUUGAAUGGCAAACAACCCAUUCCGAUCAUGCCGAGGAUGUAGAUACGUGCAUAAAUGUUUUAUCACGCUCCGAACUUUCCUCCGUGAGGGGAAUGCCUCCGAACUCAGGGUUGUGCUUACACCUGAUCUCCGCUGUCAACCACGUGAUGGAUACUUGCCCCUUGGACAAUGGUGGAUGACCAUCCGCAUCGUGAUCUCCCUUUUCUGGCAGACACAACCCGGUGACCGUCCAUAUAAAAUGUUGCCAACCAC